AUCAAUUUCUACUCGCGAACUUUAUUUCGUUUCUUUUUUCUGUUCCUCGUCUUUUCCUCGUCGAAAUCAAAAAAAAAUCAGCCAAGAUGAUGGAAAGUGACGCUGAAGGUGAAAUUGCGGAUAUGCUCUCAAUGUGCAACAAAUACCCAAAAUUCGAAGAUGAUGAUAUGGAGAGAUAUGUGAUUACAAACCCUCACGAUGUUGUAACCGUCUUUGAUGGAAGCCCAGCAGUUAUUGUUUUUGAUGAAUUGGUGAAGUCUGAUACAUCCAAGUAUCUCUCGUUCAAAAUGGAGCAAUCAUAUGGAAAAGUAGACGAAAUUGCGGCAAAGAUGGUUACUGAAGAAAUUCAUUUCACAAUUCAUCUGUGUUCUCAUUCGCAGAAAAAUGUGAUCGAAAUCUUCCAAUCUGCUUAUUCCAAUGGUUAUACAGAAAAGGAUAAAAAGGGAAAAAUUCCAGAAGGGGGUAAAGUCAAGUGUGCUGGAACUGAAACUGGUGCCAGAAGCAAGGUCAAUUGUGAGGAGGUUGCCAAGGAGGUCAAUGAACGUAUCGAUUCGGCCAAGGACAAGUUUGGAGAGUUUUGGGAAAGCGGAGAGAAAUCUCGACGGCUACACCUAUUUCAGUUUUAUGAAGCAGAAGUCUCGUAGAAACUUGUUCAUUCGAGUUCCACCUUUGGAAGGUGCAUGCACAAAAGAGGUUGUUCACGAGGCUAUUAAGGAAAUUCUGUUCUAUUCUUACUGCUAAAUGUUUCACUAUUUUUGCUAUUAAAUUCUAUUUUUUUGUGACUUGCUUUUAUAAUGUUUAUUUAAAAAUAACAGACCGAAGAGUGUUUGAGAUUUAUGAAAAUGAAUACAAGUCUCAU